UUUAUUUUUAAUGGAUUCCUCAAAUCAACAUUUACUUGGAGGUAUACGGCGUGCUCCAAUGAAUCAAGAUGAAUUUGACACAAAAUUCAAUUUCUCGAGCGAACGGAAAACUAAACAAAGGAGAUACUCAUUGGCAAGAUUCAAUUGUGGAAAAUCAACCUCAAGCAGUUGCUAAUGAUCUAUGUGGCGGUGCUUUGCUUUGUUGGAGAAGAGCUGCCCAAAGAUCAAUCUCCAUUGUUGUUCGUCCCCAAAUCCCUCCCCAACAACCACAACAAAGGCAAAAGCCCAGCCGUCAACAUAUUAGUUUGGCAAGUGCACAUAGUGGAAGUGGAGGCGUUUCAAAUUUGCCAUUGCCUCGAUAUCAAUUAAGUAAUGCAGAUGAAGGGGAUCAUCUUUGGUCUUCAAAACAUUGUCCAACUACUCACUUGCCAAUAAUUCGUGUUUUACAACGAUAUAGCUUUAGAAAAGAUUUAUUUGGAGAUUUCCGUGCAGGGCUAGCUUUAUCAUUACAUGGAACUGCUGAAGGAUUAGCAAUGGCUUUCUUAGCUGGUUUACCUCCAAUUUGUGGUCUUUACACAACUUUUUAUUCUUCCCUUGUUUAUUUAUUUUUUGGGACUUCAAAUUUUAGUUUUAUGGGCACAAAUUUAGCUGUUUGUUUUUUCUUAGGCAAUAUUAUUGAGAGAAAUACUACUGUAGAGGGAAGUAAUAUUGUUUAUGGUCCAUUAGAGGUAGCUUCUACAGCAAUUAUUUUAUGUGCAAUUGUUAAUUCAGCAAUUUAUUUACUUCGUUUGGAUUUUCUUUUUGGUUUAUUCUCUGAACAAAUAAUUGCUGGAUUUUCUUUUGGGUUAGGUACAAGAAUUGUAUUUAAUCAAUUGGGUAAUAUAAUUCAAUUAAAAUCAAAUAGAAUUUGUGAAGCAGAUCAAUUAACUAUUAAACAAGCAUCUAUUGCAAUUGCUAGUAAUUCAAUUCCAGCAACUACAACAUCCUUUCCUUGUAUUCUUUGGUGA